GAAAUUGGAUCCGGGUUCUGAAGGAAAACAGAAACAGAUCCAACUGAAAGAAGCUAUUGCCAUUUUCACCUCUACAACACAAAGACCAAAACAAAAACAAAAAAAAAUGGAAACAGGGAAGGUGGUGGUGGAAAGGGUGGGGGGAAAGUCAACGGUCACUCACUGCUUCGCCAAGUAUCCUCUCAAAUUCAUCAUACCCAAGAAGGUGGGUUCAUCCCAAACUGACGCAGUUUGGGUUUACACUAUCACCUAUGGCGGAGGCAUUGUCUCUGGAGAUUGUAUAUCUUGUCAUAUUACAGUGGGAGAUGGUUGCACAGCUGUUUUGACCACACAAGCCUCUACAAAGGUGUAUAAGUCUGUGGAGUUGAAGUGCUCUGAGCAGCUUCUGGAGGCACGAAUAGGAAGUGGUUCUCUAUUGGCUGUGAUUCCAGAUCCUGUGACAUGCUAUUCGAAUGCAAAGUAUUCUCAGAGGCAAGUCUUCAGAAUUGGGCCAGAUUCGAACUUGCUUCUGGUUGACUGGAUAACUAGUGGCCGUCAUGAAAGAGGAGAAAAAUGGGAAUUUGAUCUUUACAAAAGCACAAACCACAUCUUUUUGGAUGGUGAUCAGCCUUUGUUCCUCGAUACGCUAAUGCUCGAGAAUCAAGGAAUUACCAGUAUUGCUGAGCGUAUGAGAGACUACCAAGUAGUUGCAACACUCGUACUUUUGGGUCCAAAGUUGAAACAUGUCCAAAACCAAAUCCAGCAAGAUGUGAAGAGAAUAAUGUCUCAAAAUCUACAUAUUCCUUCAUUUGGCUCCGGACACUAUGCGAAUAAGCCUAGUAAUCACUCCUUGGCAAAACCGAGUUUUGUUGCUUCUUGCAGUCCAUUUGGUCCAAAGGGAGUAGGUGUUGUUACUCGAGUAGCUGCCGUAACAACUGAGUCAGUUUACAAUUUUUUACGCACUCAACUGUCUAGCUUGAAACCGUUGCUUGGUGUCUCACCAUACUGCUGAUUCAGUAAACAAGAUUGGGUGCGGGAUUUACAGUGCAUAAAAUUUUGCUUGGUUAUCACUCAUUCUUCUUCUUGUGCAUUUGCCAGCUUUAUAUGUAUUAUUUUUCCUGGGAGGGAAUAAAUUUGAUGAGUGAUGAAUUACUGUCAAUUUCUUCUAGCAACAGCUUUUUGUUGGAUGCAGAAAAGCAUAUUUUAUUUAUUUAUGAGAAAAAUAACAUUUUUUGUCCUUUCAA